CAGGAACCAGGAACCAGGACCCAAAUAAGACGCAAAAUCUCUCCCCCUUUCGCUCUCCAACAAUAUUUUCUCUUUCCCAAACUCACCCACUUCAUUCGUUAGUGUUUCCCUCACUUUCCCAUCACCACAUCACACUUUCCGGGAAAAUCCAAGGCGCCGAGAAAAUCACCUCAUGAGGGCUCAGAAGAGGCCGAUCCAUGCCGUGUCGACAUGGGUGCGACGACAGCCUCCCAAAGUCAAGGCCUUUCUGGCCGUGAUUGCGGGCAUGACGGCUCUCGUUCUGCUCCGAUUCAUCGUCCACGAUCACGACAACCUCUUCGUCGCAGCCGAGGCCGUACACUCCAUUGGAAUCUCUGUGCUCAUCUACAAGCUCAUGAAGGAGAAGACUUGCGCUGGGCUUUCACUGAAAUCCCAGGAAUUAACAGCUAUCUUCCUAGCUGUUAGGUUGUACUGUAGUUUUGUUAUGGAAUAUGAUAUACACACCCUACUUGACCUGGCAACACUUGGAACGACCCUGUGGGUUAUCUAUAUGAUCCGUUUCAAGUUGAAGUCUAGUUACAUGGAGGAUAAAGACAACUUUGCAAUUUACUACGUGAUGGUUCCGUGUGCGGUAUUAGCUUUGCUCAUUCACCCUUCAACGUCUCAUCAUUUGUUGAACAGGAUUUUCUGGGCUUUCUGUGUGUAUCUUGAAGCUGUUUCAGUGCUGCCACAGUUGCGGGUCAUGCAAAACACAAAGAUCGUCGAACCAUUCACAGCUCAUUAUGUAUUUGCACUAGGUAUUGCGAGGUUCCUCAGCUGUGCCCACUGGGUUCUUCAGGUUUUGGAUACUCGAGGACAGUUGCUUGUAGCCCUGGGAUAUGGACUAUGGCCUUCAAUGGUUCUCAUCUCAGAAAUUGUUCAGACUUUCAUCUUGGCAGACUUCUGUUAUUACUAUGUCAAGAGUGUUUUUGGAGGGCAGCUUGUCCUGCGUCUUCCCUCGGGAGUUGUGUAAACAGAGGUCCUUUGCUGUAGCCUGUGCGCGCACACACUGCUGUCCAGAAUUAACUUGUCUAGGGAUGUGGCUGCUUCUCCUUGUUGUUUAGCUCGCCCUUUUGCACUCAACAUGGGUUUAGUUCUCUCUUCUAUCUUGACCAAAAGUGAAGUGGGAUUGUUUUGAAGAUGGGGAUUUGGAGAUGUCUUCUUUAAUUUAUAUAACACAUAUAUAUAUAUAUAUAUAUAUAUAUAUGC